AUGGCGACAUUCAGAGAAAGAAUACAAUGGUUCAGCAAACGGGUCUUUAGGUCGAUGGAUCGGGAAGACUCCGAUUGGUAUCCUGCCUACUGGGAAGUCUUCGUUACGUUCAUAUCCGUCCGCUGGGACGAUGAUUGGGGUUCAAUGAUUCACGAGGGUUGGACCGACCAGACCGACCAGACCGUUCGGAUCCUGGCUUUGACGAUUACGAGCGACAUGCCUGGAGGUAUGAACGGCUGGAUGGCUCAGGCCAUGGCACCCGUAACGAGCGAGGGUGCUGUCGAGAGCACGACAGGAGAACUCCAUACGAUCGAUCUCCUGCGCAUGAGAGAGAUCGUCCACCCGUGCGCCCUCCCCAAAUAG